GGGACCGCCAUGCUGCUCUUCGUGGAGCAGGUAACAUCAAAAGGUGCUGGUUUAAAUCCCAAUGCAAAAGUAUGGCAAGAAGCUCCACAGGGAAGCACUGAAGCUGCACAAGUGACCAAUGGCACUGAGCAUUCGUGGCCGGAAACGGCAGCCACAUCAGGGACUCAUGCUGAGGGUAACGUAGAGAUUUCAGAGGAUAGCUGCAAGCAGUAUGAAGUGAUGUAUUCCCCAUCUUGUGAAGCUCCAAGAAAUGGCACAGGUGUUGAGGAAGCAGCUGCUAAUGGACUGGUCCUAGCAACUGAAGAUUUUGGCUACCAAAUUUAUGAUGCUUCUGGUGAAAGAGGCUCUGCUGUGUCUACAGAAGACCUUAAAGAAUGUUUGAAGAAACAACUUGAAUUCUGCUUCUCACGUGAGAAUCUGUCGAAGGAUCUCUACUUGAUGUCUCAAAUGGACAGCGAUCAGUUUAUUCCAAUAUGGACAAUCGCCAACAUGGAAGGAAUUAAGAAGCUGACCACUGAUAUGGACCUUAUUCUUGAAGUAUUGAGAUCUUCUCCUAUGGUACAAGUGGAUGAGAGAGGAGAGAAAGUAAGACCAAACCACAAACGGUGCAUCAUUAUUCUUCGUGAGAUCCCUGAAAUGACCCCUGUUGAGGAAGUUAAGGCUCUGUUUAAAAAUGAAAAUUGCCCCAAAGUGAUAAGCUGCGAGUUCGCUCACAAUAACAACUGGUACAUUACAUUCCAGUCUGAUACUGAUGCACAGCAGGCAUUUAAAUACUUAAGGGAAGAAGUAAAAACAUUUCAGGGCAAGCCAAUAAUGGCAAGGAUAAAAGCCAUCAACACUUUUUUUGCUAAGAAUGGUUACCGGGUAGUGGAUUCCAAUGUCUAUACUCAGCCAGUUCAAACACAAGCACAAUUUGCCUCACCACUGUUUAUGCAGCCUGUUUAUAGUCCUCAGCAGUACUCUAUCUACAGUAUUGUGCCUCAGACCUGGUCUCCAAGCCCUGCACCUUACUUUGAAACACCACUGGCCCCCUUUCCCAAUGGUGGAUUUGUGAAUGGCUUUAGUUCACCAGGAUCAUAUAAGACAAAUGCUGCUUUGAGUAUAGGUCGCCCAUUCCAUAGAAACCGUGUGAAGCCUCACUUCCGGCCCUCGGGUAGCUCGGAACACUCUGCAGAAAGCCCAGCUGCAGUUGGUACUGUGUCGAUAGGGGAUGGACCACUGAACAGAACCAGCUCCAGGAAUUUUGGUGUGGAGCGACAUACCAGUGUGUUGACAGGGCACCAAGAACAAAGCUAUUCUCAGAAGGAUUUGCCAGCCUCACAGAUGGAACAGAAUGGCGACUACAGCAGGGGCAGGAGGAACAUUUUCAGAGGUCGAAGAAGGCGAGAAGAUGACAGGAUUUCACGACCCCAGCCUUUGCCAGAAACGAAGGCUCCAACACCAAAGUUUGACUUGCUUGCAUCCAACUUUCCCCCUCUGCCUGGCAGCACAGCAAAAACGCAAGGAGAGCCUGUGCUGGAGAGCAGAAUGUCUGAUGUUGUGAAAGGAAUCUGCAAAGAGAAGGAGAGCAAGGACUUGCCAGUUACUUGUCCAGCUUCUGCUCAAGAAGAGCAGACGCCUUGUACAGCUCAGCAGCCUGUCACAAGUGCAAGUUCGCCAAGCAGGACUGAGGAUCCUGUGCUAAGCACAACUCAGACCGACAGCAAGCCAGACGAGGUUUCUGCUGAGAAAGAAGCAACAAGCCAUGCUUCCCCACCUGUGUCUUUCUGUCCUGUUGCUGCGAAACCACCAAGGACAAAUACCACUUCAUCCUCUACCAAUGCAAAUGCAGCACCUGCUGUGACAGUACAGGAACCACGCAAGCUAAGCUAUGCCGAAGUUUGCCAGAAACCCCCAAAGGAGCCGACGCCAGGUCCUGUUCAGCCACUGAGGGAGCUUCGUACCAACAUUGUUUCCCCUGCCAAAAAUGAAGAAAACGGUACUCCUGAAAAGGCUUUGGAAAGGCCCCAAGAGAAGCUUGAAGGCCGAAUGAAGGAUUACUCUGGGUUCAGAGGCAAUGGGCCUCCUAGGGGAGCUGCUGGGAAAAUCAGGGAACAGAGGCGUCAGUUUGGACGCAGGUCAUCGCCUCAGGGAGCACCGCGGCGUAUCGGCAAGGAGCAGUACGUGCCGCCCCGAUCACCAAAGUAAAACUCGUCCAACUCUCUUCUCUCUCUUUAAAUUGAGCUGUGGACUAAA